UCCGGGCGCCUGGACUCCACCGGCGCUCCCGGAGCCACCCGCGCCCGCAGCGCGACCAUGAGGGCGCGGCCGCAGGUCUGCGCGGCGCUGCUCUUCGCCCUGGUGCUGCAGACUGGCGUGUGCUAUGGCAUCAAAUGGCUGGCCCUGUCCAAGACCCCGGCGGCCCUGGCACUGAACCAGACGCAGCACUGCAAGCAGCUGGAGGGCCUGGUGUCGGCGCAGGUGCAGCUGUGCCGCAGCAAUCUGGAGCUCAUGCACACCAUUGUGCACGCCGCCCGCGAGGUCACCAAGGCCUGCCGCAGGGCCUUCGCUGACAUGCGCUGGAACUGCUCCUCCAUCGAGCUCGCCCCCAACUACCUGCUCGACCUGGAGAGAGGGACCCGGGAGUCGGCCUUCGUGUAUGCGCUGUCGGCCGCCGCCAUCGGCCACUCUAUCGCCCGGGCCUGCACCUCCGGCGACCUGCCCGGCUGCUCCUGCGGCCCCGUCCCAGGUGAGCCACCCGGGCCCGGGAACCGCUGGGGAGGAUGUGCGGACAACCUCAGCUACGGGCUCCUCAUGGGGGCCAAGUUUUCCGAUGCUCCUAUGAAGGUGAAAAAAACAGGAUCCCAAGCCAAUAAACUGAUGCGUCUACACAACAGUGAAGUGGGGAGACAGGCUCUGCGUGCCUCUCUGGAGGUGAAGUGUAAAUGCCACGGAGUGUCCGGCUCCUGCUCUAUCCGCACUUGCUGGAAGGGGCUGCAGGAGCUGCGGGACGUGGCUGCCGACCUCAAGACACGCUACCUGUCGGCCACCAAGGUUGUUCAUCGGCCCAUGGGCACCCGCAAGCACCUGGUGCCCAAGGACCUGGACAUCCGGCCCGUGAAGGACUCAGAGCUGGUCUAUCUGCAGAGCUCUCCCGACUUCUGCAUGAAGAACGAGAAGGUGGGCUCCCACGGCACACAGGACAGGCAGUGCAACAAGACGUCCAAUGGCAGUGACAGCUGCGACCUCAUGUGCUGCGGGCGCGGCUACAACCCCUACACGGACCGCGUGGUCGAGCGGUGCCACUGCAAGUACCACUGGUGCUGCUACGUCACCUGCCGCCGGUGCGAGCGCACCGUGGAGCGCUACGUCUGCAAGUGAGACCCGUGCCCUCUGCCCUCGCAGGACCCUUGUGGGACCCUCAUGGGACCCUCACAGGAGCACAGACUCCACCCGGGACCCUCAACGGCCGGCUGGGGCCUGGAGACACCCGCUGGAAUUCUGCUUGAGAACUCCAGGUGCCGGCGUGGGAGGUGGCCUGUGCUGAGCCUCCACUGGGACUGUCCCCUGGAAAAAGGGCUGGCACAUCAAAGGAACCGGCAAAUUAAAAAUAACCUGGCAGCACGAGGCCCUGGAGCCCACAUGCGCCUUCCAGGCUGGUCUGAGCCAGGGCCAUGGGAUGGGCCAGGCCGGUCUGGAUUGACCUUUCAGGGCCACCGAGACCAACCUCCGGGAAGGGGUCCGCCCGCCCUCAGCAGAAUGUUCUGCAGGAACCCCGGCCCACCCUGGGGUUGAGCCUGCGGGGCCCACCACAUGGAACCACUAGCUUGGGUUGUAAAUGUUUUGUUUUGGUUUUCCUUCCUUUGGGAUGUGGGAGCUGCAGAUAUAUUUAUAAAACAUAGCUUUUUCUUUGGGGUGGCUCUCCUCAAUUCCUCUUUAUAUGUUUUAUAUAUAUAUAUAAGUAUAUAUAUA